AUCGUUACUUUUUUAAGGUUGAGUGGUCGGCGAAUCAGAACGUUCAGGGACGAACAAGCUAGUGAAUUGGCGUCAUAGCUUGAUUGAUACUGAUUACAAAAACAUUCUUUUCGCCAUCAACGACGACUAUUCUUCAACGAGAUAAUUCUUUGUUGAGGUGUCACAUCAUACGAAAUAUGGCAUCACGAAAGAUUGUUCGUGCAGCGGCGCCGUUGUUCACCAAGGUUCGACCGGCGAAACCAGCGGUUCCUGCCCAUUACAGUGCGGCGAGAUGUGUGCAUCAGAGUACCAGAUUACCAGCGAUGGCAGCUUCGAAUGCAAGGACGAGACCGACGUUACAGCCACUGCAUCAACCUUCUACUAUGGUGAAGCCGCCUGCGGUCAGUGGUAGUAGGAGUAUCUUCAUACAGACGGAGAAUACACCUAAUCCGGAUGCGCUCAAGUUCCUGCCAAACCAUCCUAUAUUGCCUGCUGGGCUCUCUUCGCCGUUCCUCGAAUACCUCAAUCCAAGAUCCACUCUGGCUCCUCCACACCCGUCCCCUUUGGCGGCUCAGUUGAUGAAUAUUGAUGGGGUUGCUUCGGUGUUCUAUGGGGCGGACUUUAUCACAGUCACCAAGUCAACAGAUGCCAAUUGGGCGCAUAUCAAGCCUGAGGUGUUCUCUCUGAUUACGGAAGCGGUAACGUCUGGGGCUCAGAUUGUCAACGUCACAGAGAAUAAAUCUGGAGUAGACGGGCAAGAAGGUCAGGAGGAGGACAGUCUCAGCUAUAAUGAGAAUGACAGUGAGGUGGUGGGAAUGAUCAAGGAGCUCUUAGAAACACGGAUACGACCUGCAAUUCAGGAAGAUGGAGGGGAUAUCGAGUUUCGAGGAUUUGAAGAGGGGCAGGUUCUAUUGAAGCUGCGAGGUGCGUGCAGGACGUGCGACUCGAGUACGGUUACUCUGAAGAACGGUAUAGAGGGAAUGCUGAUGCACUAUAUCGAGGAGGUACAAGGUGUUACCCAAGUUCUCGAUCAGGAGGAGGAGGUUGCCGUACUGGAGUUUGCAAAGUUUGAGGAGAAGCUUCGGCAGAAGAAAGGCGUCGAAGAGAUGAUGUAAAGGGAGAAGCCAAUGAUGCGAAGGGAAAAGGCUCAGAUGAUGCGAAGAGAGUAGGCUUAGAUGGUAGAAGCGCUGGAGACACCCCUUGUUUGCGAAAUCGUCCGCCUAUCGUAUGUCCAUGGCCUGGCUGCGUUGCGAGAUUCUCGUCAAUCGGUCAAUGUCGGGCUCAUUAC